GGGCUGGAUUAAAGAGGUGGUGUGGUGGGGGAAGGAGGUCUGCCGAAUGUGGUGUAAAAAGCGUUUCUUGAAAAGUACAGCCAAUUAAAUAAUUUUUAAUAAAAGAAAGUUUGUGUCGCUAGCGCAACAAUUAAUUUGUUUUCGAACGCUGUAGAAAGUGGACUAUGGCAUUGGCAUGUGUGAAGGUCACUUUAGGCAGGGUAUUAGGGUCCAAGCCACUAAUCUGUGGCAGAGCAACCCCUAAUGUUGGCGGAUUAUUCCAAGUACAAGUAUGUGGAAUAUCAGGAAAAGCACUGAGGGACAAGAAUUAUAAAAGACCAGCACCUUGGCCUUAUAAGGAGCGUGGUUACAAUGUUUUCUGGAGCUGGAUCGACAAGACGAGGCACCGGUUUGACGAUAACUCUAAGAUCGUCGUGGUGGAAGGCCCGCCGGCGGCAGGCAAGACGGCGUUCGCGUCGGCGCUUGCUACAGACCUGGACAUGCUGCACCUGCCUGAGGUGACAAUGGACAUGCAUUACAUCAACCCGUACGGGUACGACAUGAGACAGCUGGAUCCGCAGAUGCCGGACUCUCUCAAGUCCUAUGACCACCGCGACUUCUGCCGCAACCCGACUCACCGCAAUGCGGCCACCUUCCAGAUGCUUAUGUACCGGUACCGCUUCUCGCAGUAUGUCGAUGCACUCGCCCACCUCAUGAACACCGGUCAAGGAGUGGUGUUGGAACGCUGUGCGUUCAGUGACUUUGUCUUUGUGGAGGCGAUGGUGCAGUGUGGGUACCUCAGCAAAACAGCGCGCAGCGUGUACUACGACGUUCGCCGCAACACGAUAUCAGAGCUGCUGGAGCCCCACCUGGUGAUAUACCUGGACGUGCCGCCAGCGGCCGUGAGGCAGAAAGUGGAGGCGCGGAAGCUGCCGCACGAGAGGAAUUCUCCCGUCUACAAGGGCGACUUCCUGGAGCACCUGGAGGAGGCCUACAAGCAGCGCUUCUUGCAGGAGAUCAGCAACCACGCGCAGCUGCUGGUCUACGACUGGUCGGAGGGCGGUGACGUGGAGGUGGUGGUGGAGGACAUAGAGCGCGUGGACAUGGACCAGUCGGACAAACACGACCCCAAGUUCCACGACUGGAAGGAGCUGGCCGCCGAGUGGGAGUGGACGGAGGCACGAACACUCUACACCAACCAGAAGGACGACCUCAUGUGUUUCUUCAACGUGCCGCGUUUCGACUGCCCCGAACUCAACGUCGACCCCUAUGACGCCAAGAAGUAUGAGGAGCUCUGGGAUAAUGCACCAGGCAUGAAAUACCGCAAGGGCUUCAAUCAGGACAUGGGUGACAGGGGCAUCCUGGUGAAGACGAAGGCAGUUUAAAGUAACGGCAGCAACGUCUGUAGUGUCUCUGUCAGUGUGUCUGCAUUGUGCACUCUGUAUUUGCAUCUGUACAGCGAGUUGUGCAUAAGACGAAUAAACUCUGUUGAUAAAUUAUUUUGCUUCAUCUGUGCCUCUUGGACUCUGUUAUUUGAUUUUGUUGUGAUGAUGUGGCUAUUCUGGAGGUGUGAUGUGUUCCACUGACCUUCUUGUGAUGUAGUUCUCACAGAUACUGUACAUGGCAUUGUAGAUGGUACUUUAUAUAUAUUUGUUGUUUUGUCACCUUGCAGGCAACAUAAAGAAAAAUAAAUGUGGAGGUUGAAGAAGUUCACAGAAA